AUGUCCCAGGUCAUACAGAACCACGUGCUGCGCGUUGGGCAGACUGUGUGCAUUCCCUCUCCGGAGGAAAGCAAGAGCCUGCACCCAGCGGGGUACCCGGGGUGCUCCACCCUGCCCGGCAAGUACGUCUACUACUCCACGGAGUCCUGGGCUGAGCCCCCCUCCGUGGUGCACCCCAAGGCUCACCUGCUGCCCGGAGGGAGGCUGUACGGAGCCCACCCCGUGCUGGAGCACGUGGCUGCUCACACACAGGGGAAGGGCCAGCAGGAUUCCUCCGUGGAGAGACCCGCUGCUCCGUGUCAGCCGAAGCAGGAGGAGAACACCGGCACGGAUCCUGAGGCUCAGCCAGUGCCUCCCUCCCUGGACAUAUCCAUAGAGGCUCUCAACAAGCUGAUCCUAGAAAUCGAUCCCACCUUCCAGCCGCUCAAGGAUCCAGCCCAACCUGCUGUUUGGGGUGACACUGAAGCCACCAAGAAACAGGAACCAGAGGCGAUAGACAUCAAGUACAUAGAGCUGACAGCAGGCAGAGCCACGGGGCCCGAGCUGCCACAGGGCUCCCCCAGCCCUUCAGGCACCCCCUUCUCCAGAUCCCCCCAGACCAGCGGCUUCCUCACCCAAAAAGGGGCACUCGGGGGCAAAUACAGCACCAGUGACAGCGUGGUUUUCUCCAGCCCACCCGUCCCCUCGAGCUCCCAGUCAGCCACCCUGAGCUGCAGCAAAGCAUCCGAGAGCAUCUCCGUGCCCCGGCAGUGCACGGCUGGACACACGGACACCGUCCCCCUCGGCACCUCCCCGGGCUUUGACAACCUGCUGAAGCCUGUGCAUGUGGUGAGGGCCCAGCAGAGGGGCAGCUGGGUGUCCCAGCUCUCCACGAGCCCCGGCUCUGACACCAGUUACAUCCUGGGAAGCAGCACCCACUCACUCCACAGCGAGGACUCGGAUGCUCCCACCGCUGCCUGCCCGUCCCCCGCCAGCUCCCUGGGCAGCCCCUGCUCCCCUUCCCCUGGCACCGGGUGUCACUCCAGAGAAGCUUUCGGCCAGAGGCCCCCCCAGCCCAGGGCAGGCAGCUCCCCCAGCGCCAGCUCCUCCUCGGCCCAGAAGGGACAACCCAGCAGCUGCCCCCCCUCCAUCCUCCCCUCCUCAGCCGACAUCCCGGUGCUGUUGGUGAACGGGUGCCUGGAACAAGGAGAUGGAUCCCCCCAGACAACCAAAGGCCCCCCCAGCUCUGCCAUGCAGGCCCCCCCUCCCGGCUGCAGCCCUGCCCCGGGGCUCGGGGGCCUGAACAACGCGCUGUCGGCUCCUGCGCUCUCCUGCGUCCCGGACAGUCCCCUCAGGGCUGGGCAGCCCACCAUGAAGUUCGUGAUGGACACAUCAAAGUACUGGUUCAAGCCGAGCAUCAGCAGGGACCGAGCAAUCCAGCUGCUGAGGGACAAGGAGCCAGGCACGUUCCUUGUGCGGGACAGCACGUCAUUCCGGGGCUCCUUUGGACUGGCCAUGAAGGUUCCCGGCUCUCCAUCCAGCAGCCAGACAGGUGACGACAGCAGUGACCUCGUCCGGCACUUCCUCAUCGAGUCCUCCACCAAAGGGGUGCACCUGAAAGGGGCCAGAGAGGACCUGUAUUUCGGGAGCCUCUCUGCCUUUGUCUACCAGCACGCCAUCACCCCGCUGGCACUGCCCUGCAGGCUCAGCAUCCCCACCCGAGAUCUCGCUGACGGAGAAGACAGCCCUGACUGUGCUCCUGAAUCCACGCUGUCCCUGGCAAAGAAAACCGCAGUGUGCAACGUCCUGUACCUCAGCUCGGUGAACGUGGAGACGCUGACGGGAGCCCCGGCCAUCCUGAAGGGAAUCUCCUGCACCCUGGAGCUGGAGACGCCUCCCACGCCCACCCUGGUGCACUUCAGGGUGACAGAGCAGGGUGUCACCCUGACCGACGUCCAGAGGAAGGUGUUUUUCAGGAGACACUACCCCUUGGCUGCCAUCAGGUUCUGUGGGAUGGACCCUGAGAACAGAAAGUGGCAGAAGUACUGCAAGUCCUCCAGAAUCUUCGGGUUCGUGGCCAAAAGCCAGAAGGAGUCGGAGAACCUCUGUCACCUGUUUGCGGAGUACGACACGGUGCAGCCGGCGUCGCUCGUCAUCGACCUGCUCCGCCAGCUCCUGCCCGGCCCCUAG